AUGUUUGAACAAGUGGACGAUAUAUCGCGUCGUGAAAAGUGUUUCACAACCAUCGCACAGCUGCCAGCAUUCAUUGACCCGAAGCAGAUACCGGGCAAGAGAUCGCCCUUUUCAACGAUUCAAAACCAUGCAUUUGUGCACUCCGUAGGUAGCCGGUGGCUUGCUUUGAGAGGCGAAUGGCUAUUUGACUGA